UGCGAGUGAAUCAAAGAACACAGAACCCCGAGAAAGUUGAAAUCCUAAAACCCCCCGAGAAAGAAACAAAAACCUAGUAGAAGUUACUGACAUAGAGUGACAUUCCGCCCUAUCCAUCCCUCUUUCCGUUAAUUGACUCUCUCUGCGCAAUGGACUGGUUUAAGCGAGAAGAUUCCGAUGAUUCUUGCUCUGAAUUCACUCUUGCUGAGAUUAUGGAAAUGGAAAAAAUAUUUAGGGUAGGAGAACAAUCACUGGGUCCAGAGUUUUUCCAAGAUAUUGCAACCAGUUUUAGUUCCUCAGCAAGUCGUGCUGGAAAAUCUAUCAUAACACGGCAUCAGGUGGAAAGUUGGUUCCAGAAUAAACAAGAGCAGCCGCUAGCUAAAUUCACUCCCUCGCACGGUGUCGUGAAAUUAUUUGUUGAUACCCCAGAUGCACCUAUUUCGAGCAAUGCACCUGAAAGUUCUCCAAGUCCUAAGGGUAAAAGGAUCAUAGAUCUAUCAGAGUUGUCAUUUGAAGCUAAAUCAUCAAAAGAUCAUGCAUGGUACGAUGUUGCGUCAUUCCAGAGUUACAGAUUUAUUAACUCAGGCAAACUUGAAGUUCGUGUACGAUUUGCUGGCUUUAGUAAUGAUGAAGACGAGUGGAUCAACGUGAAAAGUGGAGUGCGGGAACGGUCUAUUCCUUUGGAACCAUCUGAGUGUGAGAAGGUGAAGGUUGGAGAUCUUGUGUUGUGCUUCCAGGAAAGAGAUGAUCAUGCAGUUUACUGCGAUGCCUAUAUUGUGGAAAUCCAAAGGAUACCACAUGACAUAAACUGCUGCAGGUGCAUCUUCGUUGUCCGCUAUGACCACGAUUACACUGUGACUGAGGUAAAAGUUCAGCUGGAGAGGAUAUGUGCCAGGCCUAGAGAUUAUUCAGGGUCCACUUCUGAUGUCCAGACAGGGCUCACACAAUAUCAUUCAAGGCUCAGCUUUGAUAUAAAUGAUAUCCCAGCUGGAGUCAAAUUUCCUUUUUAACCUACAUUAUCCAAUGCUCCAAUUAUUACCAUUUCCAUUAACUGUAAAUUGUACCUGUGUAUUUUUUUUUUAAGUACAUGACCUCUGAAAACUUACGUUUCGACAUUGCAA